GGUCCAUAAGACAUCUUACGUAAACAGUGUUCGUCCUGUGCAACGUUGUCCAGCACUCACAAGUAUACCAGUUCCGUUUCUCUUCGGUCCUAGCUUUCUGUACCAGCUCCCGGUCCCCACUUUUUUUUUUUCAGUUUCUUAGCUUGAUCAUGGGGAACGGCGCCAAAGCCGCACAAAAGCGUGAACGCAAUGCUGGAAAAGGCGCAGACAAAGGUCCUACAAGUAGGACCAAGGUCAACGAAGCGGCGAAGAACAUUAUUUGCCAGACUUGCAGACAGACCUUCCUGCAAACCACACGUUCACCAGCACUAGAGGAGCACGCCCAGAACAAGCACUCAAAAACAAUGGCAGAAUGUUUCCCGGAUGUGGCCAAGUAGGGUUCGUCCGAUACAUGAUCGUCUAAUGUGUUUGGGAUGGAUGAUUAUGCACCAAUGCAUUGCGUUGUAGAACAAGUUGAAGCUUUG